AUGUCUAAUUUUACAAAUCUAUAUUUAUUUAAUCAACAUCAUCCGAAUACUAUAUCGACUACUACAACUACUCCAACUACUACCAAUACUACUAAUCCUACAACUAAUACUACUUAUAUUAUACCUAUACCAUUAUCUAAUCAUGAUAAUGAUAUCAAUAUAGAAUAUUUAGAUAAUAUCUUAAAUAUAAUGCGUUUAAUAUGUGGUAAAAUAUUAACUCCUAUCUUAUGUAUGAUUGGUAUUCUAUCGAAUAUUAUUAAUAUUAUUAUUCUUACAAGAGAAUGGAUGAAUUCUUCAACGAAUAUUUAUUUAACCGCUGUAUCUAUAUGUGAUUUAUUAUAUUUAUUAUUUACAUAUUUAUUUUCAUUAUGGUUAUAUCCAUAUAUUAAACAAUUUACUAUAUAUGCAUAUAGUAUCACUAUCAUACAUGGUACUGCUAAUCUAUUUAGUAAUAUAACUACAUGGCUUACUGUUAGUUUUACAUUAGAACGUUAUAUUGUUAUAUCAUUACCAAUUAUAAGUAAAAAAUAUUGUAAUAAACAACGGGCUAUUUAUAUAAUAAUAAUCAUAUUUAUUAGUUGUUUUAUAUUAACAUUACCAGAUUAUUUAAAAAAAACAAUCAUAUAUAAUAAUACUACUGAUAAUCAUAAUAGUAGUGUAAGUAGUAAUACUGAAAAUGUAACGAUUAAUAAUCAAUAUAUAGUAGUAGAUACAAAUAUUAAUAUUAUAUUAAUUAAAAUUGGUUAUGAUUAUAUUAAUCAAAUUAUAUUUAUUAUAUUACCAAUGAUUUUAUUAAUUAUAUUUAAUAGUUUAUUAAUACGUUCAGUGAUGAAAGCUAAUCAAGAUCGUAAAAUAUUGAUCAAACAUAAUAAUCAUACUAAUAAUAGUAAUAAUACAUCAAUCAAUAUGAUAAAUGAUCCGAAAAAUAUCGAUUUAUUACAUACUAAUAAUAAUAAUAAUGAUAAUAAUAAUGAACGUAAAUAUAGUCAUGUACAAUUAAAUCAAGAAGCAACAACAAGUCAAAUAAUACCAGCUAUUGUACGUGAUGCAUUAGAAGCUAGUAUGAGAACAACAAUAGGAAUAACAUCUGGUAUAACACAAUCAUUUAGACCAAUACAAUAUCAAACUAAUUUAUUACCUAUAAUAACAAUGAAACGUAAUAAAUUAGGUGAACAACAACGUAUAACAUUAAUGUUAAUUACAAUAGUUAUAGCAUUUGUAUUAUUACAAUUACCAAGUAUAGUACCAACAAUAACAAUUAAUUUAAUUAAUGCUGGUAUAAUAAAAUCAACACAAUAUACAACAAAGUGCCUAUUAAUUUAUUCUAAUAUAUCAAAUGUUUUAUUAAUUAUAAAUGCUGCAUUAAAUUUUGUAUUUUAUUCAUUAUUUUCAAAAAAAUUUCGUCAAACUUGUUAUAUACUACUUAAAAAUAUUACUUGUUUAAAAUAUUUUUCAUAUCAUUAA